CAAGGUCACGGUUGCUGCCAUUUUCCUUGUACCAUUCACAUGGUCUUCAAUUGUUGUCAACACAUGACUCAUAAUUACUCACAAAUGUAUGAACAUGCUCGCCCUAAUCAGAGAUUCAAUCGAAAAUUCUGGAGUUGUAUCGGAGAUUCUGGAGCAAAAUCGGAGUUCUUGUCAGCCACUGCAACCAUCUUCAUCUUCUCUCUUUUCUGAUUCCAUAAGUCUCGCUAAGUGUGUUCUAGGAUUUCUGUCAAAUUUGAAAGCCAAUUAUUAUUUUAAAUUUUGAAUUUAUUUUCUAAUUGGUGAAUGUAUUGUUGUUAAUAUGUUUUCAUGAAUUGAUUAUAUACUUGAGGGGUUAAAGAAAUCCCCUGCUUUCAAGUUGAUUGUCGAGUGAAUUCCCCAAAAAAAAGUAAAGCAUAUGGCAUUUGAUUGUUGCGUGAACAUGGAUGAAAAUCUUUUGUGGUGGGCAAAGUGAUGAGAAAAGGAGUUCAGUUUCGAGACUAGUAGAUAAAAUUCAUUGAUUACUUGUUGAACAGGGAUGAAAAUCUUUGUAUGUGCUGCAGUAUGUGUAGUGGGGAUGAGAAUUUUUGUAUGGCAUUUGAUUGUAGCGUGAACAGGGAUGAAAAUCUUUUGUGGUGGGCAAAGUGAUGAGAAAAGGGUUGGGUUUCGAGACUAGUAGAUAAAAAUUUUGGAGUGUUAGUGGUAAAUGAUGUGUUAAUGGGUUGUUCUGUUAAUGGGGAGGGACCCCUUCCCCACCGGCCACUAUAUAGCUUUACUCCUGCAUACACCCCAUCAGUUCAAGGAAUUGACACAAUCCCUAAUUAACAAGAAGCUUGACUCAGCCCAAUUGGUGGUCCACUGUUACGCUGUUUGACAGUUUCUUGUGAUAUUCAUUUAGUCGUUUGGUUUCAAUAUAAUUUGUUUUGGUCAAGCAGGACUACUAUAUAUACACACUGAUUGCAUAGAAUAUGAGCACAACACAUUUUAGUUCAUUCUUCUUCAGUCUUCAGUAAUAUACAGAGCUUUCUUCUUGCCUGUUAGCUGAAGAACAUUUGAGGGUUAUAAAUAUUCAGUUUGAGAAGCAAAAUACAUGGCAGGUUUCGACAGCCAAAGAUGGUCUCUCAAGGGCAUGACUGCCCUCGUCACCGGUGGAACAAAAGGCAUCGGAUAUGCCAUUGUGGAGGAGCUAGCAGGACUUGGAGCAACCGUUCACACCUGCGCUCGCAACCAGUCACAGAUUCUUGAGAGGCUUCAAGAAUGGGAAAGUAAGGGAUUCAAAGUGACUGGCUCGGUUUGUGACUUAACCUCUAAAGCACAAAGGGAGAACCUCAUCAAAACUGUCUCCUCUAUUUUUGAAGGCAAACUUAACAUCCUUGUAAAUAAUGCUGCAACUUGCACACUUAGAGGAACCACAGAUUAUACUUUGGAAGAUUUCUCAAGUAUGAUGAAAACCAAUGUUGAAUCUCCCUACCAUCUUUCUCAACUUGCACAUCCUCUCUUGAAGGCCUCAGGAAAUGCAAGUAUUGUCUUUGUUGCCUCCAUUGCCGGUGUGGUAGCUCUACCGAAACUCUCUGCCUAUGCAGCAACAAAAAGCGCAGUCAUCCAAAUUUCGAAGAACUUGGCAUGCGAAUGGGCAAAAGACAACAUUCGUACUAAUGCUGUGGCGCCAUGGGCUGUCAACACCGGAGUUAAAGUUGAUUCUGAUGGUCAUUCCGAUGAUUUCAGACGCCUAAUAGGUCGAACUCCCAUCCGUCGCCUUGCACAGCCUAAUGAAAUAUCAUCUCUGAUCACUUUCCUCUGCCUUCCUGCUGCUUCUUACAUCAAUGGACAAGUUAUUAGUGUUGAUGGAGGAUUUACAGUUAGCGGCUUCUAGCGAACUGAGCUCAUCAAUGCAUACGCUGCAAAAUCUGGCAUCCUAUCUAUCUGAUCGCAUAUCAUCUAAGAAUUCCAACCAUAUUUCUUCAAUUAUUUCCUACGGGCAAUAUCAGUCCCUCCAAUUUGCUGACAGGUUCACACCUCUAUGCUAGUAGUAAGCCCCUGGGAAAAGUCAAUGCAAUGUUCAUGGUUGUUAAAAAGUCUCUACAAUUUAAGCGUUUACUUUGAAAAUCGUAAGGAUAAGCAUAAUAUGAGUGUCCCCAUAUUUAUGAUGGAAAUGGCAAUGAAAUGUUCUUGGUUGUUAAAAAGUCUCCAUAAUUUAAGCGUUUACUUGGUAAACCGUAAGGACAAGCAUAAUAUGAGUGGCCCCAUAUUUAUGAUUGAUAUAAUUCCUUUGUCAACAA